AUGAAGUUUAACUCGCUACUAGUUUCUAGUGUUGCGCUUGCGGGCAGUGCCGUCCGUGCUGACUCUCAAGAGUUUGAUAUGCUUGUAGUUCGCUCAGAAUCACCACUGCAGUAUGCAUCCGUAUACGCUGAAAAUGGGCACUUGUUCCUCGGAGGGACAUCAGUGGGCCUGUCGGGAGUUGUGACGGACAACGGCAAGUUGAGAUUCUCGGACGGGACGUAUGCCACUUUGAGUAAUAACGGGUCCUUGGUGGAAGAAACUCGAGACCGCGCGACGGCAGGGUUUUCCAUUUCUGGAGGCUAUUUGAGCUUCGAAGGCUCGAUCGGGUUUACUGGAGUUCUCGCCAGAGGUGGCUAUGAGUUCUCAACUGUUAUCACCAAUCCAGAUGACUUAGAUGUACUCAUUAGAGCUAACCUUGCCAACGGUUCUAAAGCGCCAGAUUUUGGCCCAUCUUUUCAUCGCCCCUCGAUUCCGAUCACCACUGCCUCUGCCAAGACUCUGUGCACCAAAAUUCGGAAUUCUACUAUCACGAUAACUAAGACAGAGCAUGAUACCACUACUGCAACGCUGACCUCGUGCGGCAAUGGUCUUGCCACGAAUUCUUCGACGCCAAUCAUUUCUUCAACGCCUAUCAUUUCUUUGACUUCCAGUGGCUUUGUAAAUGUCACAAGCAUACAGACCUCAGGGUUGUCGAAUUCUUUCUUCACCCCUUCUGCAACAGUGACAUUGAGUUCUCUUCCUUUCUCCUCGUUUCAGAAUUCUACCACUAUAAUCUCAACUGCAAGCUUGUCAAGCAUUCCGAUCUCUUCGGGUUUUCUAAGCUCAUCAACUGGUUCUAGCUCUCUGAAUAGCACAAUUUCUUUACCCACAUCGACCGAAAUCAUCACAGCUUCGAGUUUCUCGCCUAGUCAAAGCUCUUCAACUGUCUCAAGUUCGUCAGCUGUCUCAAGUCCAACGGCUAUCCCAAGCUCGUCAGCUAUCCCAAGCUCGUCAGCUAUCCCAAGCUCGCCAGCUAUCCCAAGCUCGUCAGCUAUCCCAAGCUCUUCAGUUAUCUCAAGCUCUUCGGCUAUCCCAAGCUCAUCUGUCGUCUUGAGCUCGAUCAUUGUCACAAGCUCGACCACCGCCUCGAGCUCUUCAGCUAUUCCAAGCUCGACCGCUGCCUCGAGCUCUUCAGCUAUCUCGAGUUCUUCAGCUAUCUCGAGUUCUUUAGCUGCCUCGAGCUCUUCAGCCGCCUUAAGUUCUUCAGCUGCUUCAAGUUCUUUAGCUGCCUCGAGCUCUUCAGCUAUCUCGAGUUCUUCAGCUAUCUCGAGUUCUUUAGCUGCCUCGAGCUCUUCAGCUGUCUCGAGUUCUUUAGCUGCCUCGAGCUCUUCAGCUAUCUCAAGCUCUUUAGCUGCCCCAAGCUCUUCAGCUGCCUCAAGCUCUUUAGCUGCCUCAAGCUCUUCAGCUGCCUCAAGCUCUUCAGCUGCCUCAAGCUCCUUGGCUGCCUCAAGCUCCUUGGCUGCCUCAAGCUCUUCAGCUAUCUCGAGUUCUUUAGCUGCCUCGAGCUCUUCAGCUAUCUCAAGCUCUUUAGCUGCCUCGAGCAUUGGGUCAUCCAGCGCUCCUCCAGAAACGUCAAGCACUUCUUCCUCCGCCACAUCUUCGCAGACUACAUCUUCUUCGUCGUUAGCAUCAUCCUCAACAGCCUCCACAGUUGCUUCAGUGUCUCAAAGUUCGCUCUCUUUGACUUCUUCAUCGACAUCUGUGCUUUCAUCAGCUUCUUCUGUACCAGUAUCAACGAGCACAUUAGUAUCUUCAGCUUCCGGUUCUUCACGCAGCUUACCGCCAUUAACGUCGUCUACUGCCGUCACAUCCAGCGGCCAAUUAAGCAGCAGUACCGUGUCAUCUCCAUCUUCUAGUGAAAUGUCCUCCGUAUCUUCGACUGAGCUGUCUUCAAGUAUCUCCACCGAAACGUCAGCUGUUUCUUCCUCUAGUGUUGCUAGCUCUCAAGCGCCUGUUUCCUCCACCAGUCCAACACAGUCGUCGACAGAAAGUUCGACCCAGAAUGGCGCUGGCCAAAUAAUUCCUACAGGCUUAGGUGCGAGCUUUUUCUUUGUAGCAGCACUGCUAAUGUGA